AUGGUGAAAGGGAGCAGGAUCUCGUGGCACUUGCUGCUGGUGUUGCUGUGUGCCGGACUCAUGGGAUGCUUUGUAUUUUGGCAGUACGGAGCUACCCAUCGUUCCGACUGCUUGGGAGAUCAGCUGGAGAAACUGAUCCACUUGAAGGAUGGAGGACACCUCUCUGAUGCGGAGUUUCAGCUGGCCAAGGCGAAACUGGGCCUCAGCACCGAAGCGCUGCCAGACGAGCCGGCUGCAUCGCCGGCAGCGGUGGCCGCAGCGCCGGAGGUCGCAGUGCCAAGUGUGGCGCCAGUUCCUGUCGAAGAGAUUGAAGAGGAAGGUGCCACGCUGCUGCCGCGCGUGCCGAAUCAUCUGCAGGUGCAGCCAGCGAAAUGGUUUUAUCUCCCUGAGGAUUUUCGAGAGCUGCCGCUUUUGCCAAAGAGCAUUUGGGACAAAAGCCUCGACAUGGACCAGUUGGACUUCCCUUUGAUGCAAGCGAUCCUGCUCCGCUUGCUUCGAAACGAGACCAUCCGGAUCCAGGUGUACGGUGGAAGCAUGACCUUUGGGGAAGGCUGUUGUACCAGCUGCCUAAUGCGGCAGCGGGAUUGCAGUUGGCCAACACAGGUGGUCGCCCGUCUUCGGCAAACCUUUCCCGGCGCCACUAUCGCCUUAGAUCACCGGGCGCGUGGCGGCUGCGACUUGGAGUGCUCCUUGCCAGAGAUGGUGAUGACUUUGAGCGGAUCUGAGACUGCCUUUGAUUGGCUCAUGUUGGACUUCAGCCAAAAUGGUAUGGGCCGCAAAACGACCAUUGAGGAAAUUGUUCGGGUUUGUCACUUCUUCCUCCCAAAGACGUUGGUCAUGGUCAUCUUCAAUCGCGACAUGGUGAACAAGGCAGGCAAUUAUCGGGAUAAAAACAUGUACGACAACUACAGAGCCGUCUCCCAGCACUACACUUUGCCUUUCCUGAACUAUGAGGCCGCCAUGCAGAGUUUCGUUGCAGCCGGUGGCAACGAGACCUUGAUGUGGUCAUCCAAAUCCCGACAUCCCAAAUUCUCUGCGCACGCCUAUUAUGCUGACAUGGUCAGCUAUUUUUGCAACAAGCAGUUGAGAAAGCUCGAGGAGGUUUACACAGAGCUGGACAUCUCUGACAUGACUCCAACUCUGCGAAAGCCCAAAGAUCUUCAGCCUGACAAGGACUGGAUGAACCCCAUGCAAAAACAGGUGAACUUAGCCACAAUUGAUGUGUGCGUUUUUCCUUUGACUCAACACGUAGCACGUGAGCCUUCCAAAGAUUCGCCCAGCGAAAGUAGCACGGGGCAUUGGAAACUCUAUGAAGACAGACACAACAAACCUGGAUGGAUUUGUACCACUGAGAAUGGAGAAGCGAUCACCUUCAAAGUCACCUUCAGUGAGCAGCCAAAGCUCAUGGUGCAAUUCCUGCGAUCAUACAGCAACAUCGGCGAUGCUGAGAUCUUGAUCGAUAGCCCUUUCCGAUGGAAGUGGAAGGGCAACGGUAACAUGGGAGUCCGCACCAAUUUCACACUGAAGGGAGGCUGGAACGAGCGGAUUUCCGUGACGCAAAACGUACUUUUCGUCGUGGUUGACAAAGUGACACCGACUCCGCAAGAGACGACGGAUGCCACCGUUUCCUUCAGAUUGACCAAAGGACCAAAGUUUAAGAUCAUUUCUCUGAUUUCUUGUUAA